AUGCGUUCUUUUGGAAAAGUAAGAAACUUUAUUCGUUAAAUCCUCGGCGCCGGUUCCCCAGACUGUCGUUGGGCGUUGAGUGAAACUUCAAAACUGCUUAAGAGGCGCAUACGUGUUCGGUGGUUGCCCCAGUAAGCGGCUGCCGUGCGGGUCAUUAUGUAUCGAUUGGCCCUCGCGUCCUCCAUCUCUAUUUGAGAUAUUUGCACAUGACGUCUAACCCAAUAUGCCAGUUGAUGGAUGAUUCAUUUGGGCGUAUGGCUUCAAUAAGCUUCUAGCAUUUUUGGUAGAACGAGCGCCGCCGAUGCGAGUUUUGUCCCAACAUAAGGUGCGCAAGGAAUCUAUGAUGUGCGUGGCCACCUGGGAUAGGUGGCCUCGCCUCUUAACUGCCAGUUGAUGCUUGUGGAUGUAUGUAGAGGCGGAUUAUCCCGUUGGGUCACAGUAUACAGCAUCGCCGGCACCGCAUGGGUCCUUUAGGCGACUUGUGAAGAUAGCCAACCAUAUCCUUGGGGUGUACAAGCAGAAUGCGUACAUAAUGAAGCACACAGUGUCCACUUACCGGCGCAAACACCGAAGAAGUAUCGAUCUUCUAAGCAUGUUUGGAACGUUACCUGUUUUUGGCACAUUUACUCCACGUCCAACGACGACCCGGGGAGCCAGCAUCCAAAAUUUACUUGGUGAAUUUCCCCACUUUUCCCAGAGAAUGCUUAUGACUUCAAGUGAUGUCGGGUGUAUAUGUAUAUUAUGACAAAUGGGCGGUCACCAAUCAGGUUACGGAACAUGCUCGUUCCGUUGUGUCUUGGGGCUCAUGCUAGAACCCUCUUAGGCAGUCUCACAGCGACUAGUAGUGGACGUAAUGAGAAAGUACCGACAACGACAAGGGAGACCGGGAUGGCCAUUUUUGGCUUAUUAGCCGUCGUCAGCCAGUAGUACCCAUAUCGUGCGCCGCUGUGCGGCUGCUGAUUGGGCCCGAGAGAGGGUCCGUAAUGCACGACGGAACGGUGAGUUCUGUAAGAACGAUCGAUGAGUGUCCCUCUACCAUUGUCCGGAUUUUCAUCUCUCUUUUUUCGCACCUUGGUCACGGACUGCGAUUGCCUGUAGAUAUCCACCUUCCUCUAAUUGCCGCCGAGGUCGUUAGUAUGUGAGAAUAUACUCAAGCUCUCAAGGACAGGCUCGUCACGAUUUACGGACCAGCUACCGGUAGUAUCCGGACGGUACAACAGCAUCAGUAAGCUUGCCACGAUCGACACAGAGGCUGGCCAAACUACCAUGUUGGUGAUUUCGUGUUGUUGUUUAGGCCGCGACCACCCCCCGGAGGGGGGAGGUGAAAGCCGCCACCAAGUUUCUUCGACUUCAGCACGGCGCCUAGACCACCGUCUGGCAACACGUUCGUCCUCUGCGAUCCUCAGAGGACUUAGGGCGACGUUUCCACCGCCCACUGUAGUCUCCUAUUUGCCCCUCUUGAUUUUCUUCCCGCGUUGCGCUGUCUGUCGAAGUACCUGCUUUGGACUCCCAGAAAUGACAGUCCAGGAACACCGCGGACAGUGCUUUUUUGGAGGUGAGGACAGUGUAACGUUGCAAUGACACAUACUGAGGUUUUGAACGUAGCCCUCUCUCUUUUAAGCAAGUCAUCGAUAAACGCCCUGGCCGAUCUGACUGAGACCGAGGCGGAAGGCCGGACCUUCAGAAGGAACUGAGAAUAAGGGUGUGCGUGUAGUACGAAUAGCAAGAGAGAAUAAAGCAUACUUUUACCAACUCGUCUUCUUUCUCCAUGGCCUCUCAUCCGGUUGUUGAUGUUUGGUGCCUGCUUGCUGUUGUUAACUCUGACUGACCUCUAGCCUUCUUCGAGACAUUCGUGGUUUUUCGGAUACUGCUUUGGGUUACAUUAUUCGCACACGAGAUUUCCAUAGCUAUAAAUCCUGUAUGUGUAAAAUUUAUACUUUAACUGGGUAACCGAAAUAGAUCUAUGAUAAUGGACAACAAUAAUAAAGUGAGGAAAGUUUACCGGUAAGGAUAAUCUUUUUCCAAGGAGAGACUGCUCGGACCCCAUCUGAAUGGGAGUGCCAUAGGGACAACAUUAAGGAGACAUUUAACAUGACUCAGUCCCAAGAGGACCGAGUUAUUCAGCCAGUUGGCAGUCUCCCAGGCCAAGUCUUUUAGCGCGUCGUGAUAGGCCCAAGCGCGCCAGAUUUUUGUGGUGAUAAAUGCGCUGAAGUGCUGUGCCAUUAGGUCAUUACAACUCGCCCUUCAUGCAACGGCCUUCAUCUAAUUCAUGCUAGUGUACAUCAUAGAUUGACGUUGGUAGCGGGACAAUGUUCCCUUGCACUAUAUUUUAUUAAAUACAAUACAUCACACUGCGACCAAUACCAAGCUUCCUACUAACACUGCUUCUUCAAUCCGAUGCCUACUUUUGUUUCCAACAAUUUGAAAGGGUAGCCUUUCCCCUCGGCCCUUUUAGAUCUUUUAACUGGCCUCUGGUUUUUUAUUUCUCGCCUCUCUUUCGGCGUUAGUUUGCUAUUUUCCCAGUAAUUCUUCUCGGUGAUGGGCAGAGGCAAUAGUUGAAAAUAUCAAGUGUGGACAGGCAUUAAUGCUCACAAAUGGUGUGGUCGUCAUGUCGCGCAAUGUCCGUUCUGGCACGUGUACACUGCCGUACAGUUCCCCCUUUUUCGUAGCCUGGCUGCCGGGGUAUUUUGAAGGACCCAAUAAUAAGUUUCCCGUCGUCGGCGCCAUUCGAGGUUAAAAGAUCCACGCGGUUUGCAUUUAUUAACGUUUCACAGUUCAAGUUUCAUUAAAAUAAGUUCCAUAGCUAAUAAAUGGGGACACAGAGGGUGCCUACCACCGGUUAUCCCUACGCAUCCGGACUGGACCAUUCAUCGUAAGUCGUAUCUGACUAGAAGCUAACGAUCUGCUGAAUCCCUCGGCGUAGCCGAGUAAGGAUGCCCUGAGGCUGCCCAAGCUGGCGUCAUUUCCGAAUUUGGGCGAAAAGGCUUUUCUGAAAGAAAAACGCCAUGCAGAUUAUUUUAGAUCCCUCCAGCUGUGUUCUUAUACAGACAGUUGUUCCGCCUUCCUCAUUUUACUUGUCUGACUGGUCUAGACACUAAGUCUGUCUCAAGAGAAACUUUGUGAUAUUCUGAAUCGAUUUUCGUUGCUGUGCAAUUCCCUUAGUCAGCCUUCAUAAAUCUUUCUGAGUACGUCUUUCUUUAAAAAAGGCAUAUUUUCGAUUGGAUUUAGAAAAUGGGCAACAUUCAGCGCAAGAAGACCAGUUCAGGCCGUCAAGUACGCAUUUAGCGAUAGCUGUAUUUAACACAGAAUUUCUCAAGCUAAUGCCCGACGUCCGGCUUAUCGGCAAUUUUAACUUUUUGGGUUUUUGAGAUUGUGCUUUUACUUUCGAACCUUAUCUGGCUAACUGCGGUGCUGAAAAUGCAAACUAACUAAUCUCGGCAUUCCAGACAUUAGCUUAUAAUUUUUCGGCAGUCAGCUUUUCCUUCAGAAAACGCCGUGCGAUGUGUGUUAGCAUUCAGUGUUCUAACUUUUCGGAUAUAUCCUUUUUUCGCUGUGGAUUCUUGUAAUUCUCGUGGCUACUUUUUUCUGCGUUUUCUCUCAUUGGUAGCCCCCCCCAACCCAAAUUAAUUUCCUCAAACUAUACAACUCGUGACGGUCCAGCAUCCUCCGUUUGCAUUGUCCUCUAUUCCGCGAAGAUAUACCCAAUAAAAUUUCCUUGCAUAUUUGAACAGUUCUUCUACACUGGUUGUUUUGUUAAACUCUAUUCACUGGCGAAGAAAAGUUUGCCUUGCCUAUGAAGUACUUCAGAAUACGGUUCAGCAGAAAUGCUUUCGACCAGAAAACAGUAAUCAAGCCUAAACGUUGUUUAGCAUUGUAAAACAUAUUAAAGCCAUUGUAAGAAUUUGACAAAUUAGUACUGACGUUUUCAUCCUUUGCUUUCAGAAAAUGGCUCCCAACGGGGAGGUCAGCUUAGAUCACAUCCGUAAGUGCCUUCUAAUCUCUCUGGAUGCGCUUACUUGCCUGCUCUCCUAUAGGUCAGCUUCAUGCAAAGCUCUAUGAGUUCUUUAAGGCAGACCAGAUGACCGAUGUGACCAUAACUUGUGCCGCCAACUCCGAGCCCGUGCGUGCGCACGCCUUCGUUUGCGCUACUUCCGGGUGCCUGGCUGACCUGCUCGCCGGCGCAUCCGGUCCGCCCUACGUGAUAGCAUUGCCCACGGUAGAUGCCGGCCGUCUGCGAGUCCUCCUUGACUUCCUCUAUUCAAUGUCCCUGGAUCCUGAUAUUCCCCUAACUACCUACCUGGGACUGGGCUGUGAGCUCAAGGUGCCGCUUCUCCUCGAGGCCUGCCAGCACGUGCUGACUCAAAAGAUUCAGACCUUUGGUUUUCGCAUAGAUUGUGCAGAUGCAAGUACUGUCGCCGAUGAGUUGAGGACGCUCUAUCUUUUCAUCCUCCGUAACUUCUCGAAAGGCAAACUACGCGAACAAGUGAUCAGUCUGUUUGCUGCCCACCCGUUUGCCUUUACGUGUAGGUGCCAUCCCCUUCCUCUACCCGCGUUUGCUUUAGCUGUGGAGUGUUUGCGCCUGAUUCCGCCGAAUGUGUUCACGAAGUUACUGGAGGAGGGCUGUUUGUUGAUGUGUGAUGCAGAUGGUGUGGUGUCCCUGGGUCGUCGCUACGGUGAACAGUGUUCCAGGGUGAGUUCCACUGCAUUUUACUGAUUCAUUAACUCCGUAGCUUAUAGAGGUGUACUCGCAGGCGCACGAACUGGAGGCAAGUUCCCUUCGGACCGCCUUACAGUCGCUUCUGUACAGUGCUCAACGCCGGACUCCAAUCAGCAUUUGCCCUUUGUUGUGUAGGCUUAUUUGCCGCAGUAAUAUAACCCACAGUUUUUAGCGCCAAGCGACGAUGUUGUAGUCGAUCGUGACCACUUUGGUCAUCAUAACCGCGGCGCUUACGAGUAGGUGUACACGUUUUUUUUUUAAAAAAACAUGCAAUGUUCUUAGGUACAGUUUAUUUUCAAGCGGGACUGUUACCUACGAAAAUUAUCCUGCGCAUUCCUGGAAAAUUGGUGGCCUCCGCGCCUACGUAGCCGUCAUUUGGGACAACGUUCGUCCUCUCGCGGGUACGACCAAAACCAAGUUUUGAAUCACUUAUAUUUUCUGUCAUUGGAUCAGCAAUGUUUCCGUCACACAGUGUUUUGGAUAGUUCUCUUUAAAUCUUCUUCGUAAUCCGUUUAAAUUGGUCUCAUCUUAAGAAGUUGUUUCCUUACCAUUGUUUUACUGGUCCUCAUACGCAUACUUAUUUACGACCUUUUUCUGGUUGUAUUGCGGUGAGAACUAGGCCUCGAGGGCAAAUUCCUCAAUACUUCUGGGACGUAAACAUACGCAAAGUAAAUGGACAGAUCCGCGACAAUCACCGGAAGAUCUACCUUCUCAAUAGUGUUUGUAGAAUCCUCAUCCGAGCACUACUCAAUCGCCUAAAUAUUCACCGGGAGCAGGGUGUUUUGACCAACUUAUUUGACACCUGGUGAAAGUAAUGUGGCAAUUUUUAUGUCUCAAGCGAUUAACGAUGCGGGAUAGGACGCGUGGCAGCCAACGGAUCCACAUCGCGAGCUUCCAUCGAGGCAAACAGUCCGGACCAGGGCUGCUCCCUCCCUCCAGUCCUCUUGGGGUUCAUGCUCUCCACAUUAAUGAUUGGGCAUGGACUUAAAUGAUUCAGUCGAGUGGAAACUAUUUGGCAUCCACCGUAUUCAGACUGCCACAAAAGCCUAAAAGACCACGAUACAUGACCUACCGUUAGUGGACGACAGUGCCUUGGACAUCAUAGCUGAAGCGGACUUGCAAUGAAGUCUGAACCCUUCCGCCUCUGGGUGUGCUCAUUUCACGAAUAAAAUGUUGUUGUACACCAACUGGCGCCAAUUGUCGAAUGUACCGCAACGGUAGGCCAAUCCCGCUGCCUGGACAGCACCAUCCUGCGGUCAAAAUCGAUGACGAAUUUCCGUCUGGAUCUGCAACGCCAGUCAGACAUUUUGCGGACUACAACACCGUCUAGGAUCACUGCGGCAUCUUCAACACAAAACUUGGCAUGUACAUGGUUGUCUUCUCGACAACUGCCCUAACAUGUGGAGAUCUAGAUAAUCCACUCAAAUCCAAAUACCUGACAGCAGUUCCGGACGCCUAGAUGCUGAAGGAUGCUGGCGCGCUGAGUAUCUCUGCUGUGCUGAAGCGGAUCUAACUACGAUGGAGCGAUGAAUGAUGCGCACAUGCCGAACUGGCUCCUCUACAUGAACGUCGUUGUGGGGGUUUUUAGGCAAGUUGGACAAAGACGACACUUCAAGGACAUCUUGAAAACUCCCCUCAGGUACCUUCAAAAUUGAGAGUUCCGGGAAAAUGCUUGCACGGAACCGGCAGGUAUUGCGAAUAGCCAUGAAAGCUGUCGCAGCCAUCUUGGAAAUCAACCGAACAAAGGAAGUCAAGGAGAUACGGGCGAAUGAGUAGAAUGCCGCUGACCAAUGCCGUUGACGGUGGGACUGACUUAUGUGGUCGCCUAAACAGCUACAUAAGAACAGGAACCGCCUGCAAUACGGGUGACUCCAAACUCCAAACUCCAGCGAUAUCAAGGUUAGGGCUAGGUUAAGGAUUAGGUUCAAGGCUAGAUCCAAAGUUAACGGUAAGUUAAGUCAGGAUCAACUGUAGGUUUAAGGUAAGGACAAGUGUUAAAUGCAGAGUUGUGGUGAAGGCUAGGGUUAGGUUUAAGACCAGUACAACGGUUUAUUUUUAUAUUAGGGUUAUUGUUGGAGUUAGGACACGGGAAUAUUUUUGCCUUUCGGGAAUUAUGUUCAGGCCCACGUUUGUUACGUGGGCGGGGCGUCCCUAUUCCCAUGUCCUGUUUGGGGACCAUAUAAGUCAGUUCCACCCCGUCGAUGUCCAGUCCCCAACGUCCAGAGCCCACGUUUGAAACCUGGACUGGCCGUUAAGAACUUAUUCGGCUUGUCCUUAAUGCCAAAACAAUCUAACCUUCGCACAAUCAAACCCCAUUACCAGUAUCAUCAUUAAGAACACCCCUCUGACCUGUUUCCACUGCAGGGCAGUUCCCCAAUCCCCGUUUAUGCUGGUCUGGAAUCUUCCUAGUCGCAGUGGCAAGGCCACCAGGACUCCAAAGACACCCAACUCGGCAGUACUGGGUACGCAGUGCGAUUACAUUGGUCGGCUAACUGCGUAUCCAUGACAGGGGGACUGAAGAUUUUAUUAGGGGCCCCGGCCGACACCCGUCAAUCACAUUUUCCCUGUUGACACUGUACCCGCACGUUUGGUCACCGAAUCUGGUCUUAUGCGCACACAACAACCAUCGGAACUAUAUCACCUGCCACUUAAGCCUGCGCCCUUUCUAUACAGAUAGUUAAUGCUUGGAACUUUCCAUCGUGUGCGUACGCGUACUACCUACUGCCAAAAACAACCCGACAGCGAUGUUUUCCAACGUCGGUAAUGAUGAAUGAACUGUUAGUCAUGCUUGUGUGCGCACUUGUUUCAUGCGGCAGGUGGGAGUUCUACAGUUCGCCAACUACUGCACCCAUUUUCAUCAUCAGUCGAUGAUGCGACAAUAUUGAGAUAACAUUAAAUUCUCCUGAUCGGAGCCGGCUUUUUUGCCAACUCGCGCAUCCAGCAUGAACACUUGCAACUACUAACCGGGUAUUUAAACGACGUCUAUAUGGCAAAUCGGAUCGACUACAUUCUAGUCGGCGCAAGGUUCCGCAACUGGGCUCACGACAGCAGAUCGAUGCAUGGUACCGAGAAUGACAACGCUCAUGAACCUAACCGUGUUCUCGUUCGAACACGCCGGAAAGUUCCCUCUUCAUCUGCACCUAGAUUGUCACGUUCAGGGCAUCCUACUGUCAAAAAACUGCAGCAAAUAGACGGCCGAGGCCCUGAGCACAGAAAUUCGGUAUUUUUUUAAAACCUGAGUCGAGGGAAAAGAUAGUAGCUAAUGGUGAUAAUUGAAGUCAUUAAUCUGUGGGGCAGCUGAGAACAUUCUCAGAUCAACGGGAGAGUCUUGCAGUUGUCUGCGCAGACGGAUAGAGCGAGGAUCCCUUCCGCCUACCCCGGAAGAUGAUGGAGAAGUCGACCGGAGAUGACCUCAAGAAAUAUUAGGAGGCAAUACUGACCUGCCUUGCUUAAUUUCCGAGGAAAUUAAUGCGCGAACUUGGAGUAAAUCCUUCGGAACAGACUUUUUCAGGUUCGGUCCGGAAGUUGAUAUGAAUAUUUGAGCUGAAAUUCACCAGCCACUGCGAAAUAACCGCGUAAUAUUCACAAUCUGUCGACAGGCAGACCUCAGACAUUGGUGACACUCGAAGACUACCAGAUUAUCCGCCAAACUGGUGGUAGCCCCUGUACUGACUGACUGCUAUUUGAGUGGCGGUUUUAUUGCGGACAGGUCGGCCGGGGUCGAUGGCGCGAACACUUCCUGUGAUUUUGCUUCAUCUGACCUCUCUCGCCCCAUUCUGUUUUCUGUUGAACCAUAGGCAUCCGCUCCCAAGUGACGUCUAUCCUCUUAUCCUACACAGGCUUGUGUCCUCCUAAUGGCUGUUCGCUAUGCAGGAAACGUAUUGGACUUAAGAUCAUACAUUCGGCUUUCUGAGUUGUUGUUCUUUAAUUAUUCUAGGUUUUGACGUGAUCUACGAAAACAUCUGGACUGGAGAGAGACAGGAAGUUCCCUGGACUGCCGAUCGGGAUGCCGAACAGUACACUAGGCAAGUUCUGUAUUUCACGUAUCCAUCAUACAGUACUGGUUCUUUGUGGGCCACCAAUGUCUCCUAAGCCUCCUCGUAUGCACCACAUCGCAUUUGGGGACUACAUCCUCACAAAGUUAGUUUUUGCGUUACUUUUAGCAUCUUACGCGGUUAGGACCUGUUACGCAGUCUGUUAUCAAUGACGUCGUUUGUCAUUAAUCGUCAGAGCCCCACUUGCGAGAUAUAUCUACUUCAAGGAAUACUUACUACUUACUUGUACUUGAUACGGCUGCGAUCAUGCCGGAUCUAGCCGGCCUCGAUGACACCGAUCCCUGCUGGAGGUGGAGAGAGUGCGUUAGAUGCAUCGCGAGUCUAAGAUCACUAUAAGUCAUGUGCAAGUCACCGUCCCUGCUCGCGCACCCUGCAGUGGAGCACACGGUGGUCAUAAUCAAAAUCGGCGGCCGAACUGUCACUACUGACUCCCUGUUGGCUGUUUACGAAUAUUACGCGGUUGACCCGCUGAAGCUGUUUGAUUUCGGCUUAGUUAUUCAUAUUGACCUUCAGACAGAGCCUGUGUAGCUCCAUUUCAAAGGAUUUGCCGCAAAAACCAUCCAGGAACGUUUAUAGAUGAAAACAGCGGCCUUAAAGUGCAAAAAACGGCAAGGAUUGACUAAAGUGGCAUAGGAUUGAGUCGAGACAACAACUUCCCAGAAUGGCGCAAAAGGAAUUAAAUUGUUUGUUCGCAGCAACCAUAUGGAACGUGGGUAAGCAGAGAACUUUUAACCAAGGUGCCUGUAGAACGUUAUGGUUUCCAGUAAAGGUCGUUUCGGCUAGAUCGCAGUCGGUAGCCAGGAAUGGGGAAGCGGACGGCGACCUUAGCCCCAAUCCUAGCCUUAACCCUAACCUCAUCCUCAAACGUUAACCGUUAACCUUAACGACAACCCUAACCGAAAUCGUAAACGUAACCGUAGACCUUAGACAUAGCCGUAACUGGAAAACCUAACCGUAAUAUUGAAACCUAAUCGUACGCACAAACCCUAACCUUAACCCGAAAACCUUAUCCUAAAGACAUAACCCUAACCCGAAAAUCGGAAACCAUUAACCGGUACCCUAAUCCUAACCGCAGUCGUAACGCGUAAGCCAAAUGGCUCAGAUGUGAUUAUGGACCUCACAAAAUAGCCCUAGUAAACAAAUUCUCCAGCCACCUGUAAUACGGGGUCUGGCUACCAACUGCGAUCUAGCCGUCGUUUCUUCUACCUGCCCAUGUCUCACCUGCUUCAUCGCGCCUCUUAUGCCUGCUUCAUUGCCUCUUAUGCCCUUCCCCGCUCUCCUUUAGUGAAUUUUUCAGCGUGCCUUCGGGUGAUGUCAUUGAGGAUGUGCACAUUCGUCACGGUUGGCUCAUCGAUCAGGUGACCUUUGUUACACGUGCAGGUGUGCAUCUGGGCCCCUGUGGCCUGUCGAUGGGCGGCGACGUGUCCGAACUCCGCAUGAGGGACCGCUCCUCCUCCUCCUCCUCCUCCUCCUCCUCCUCCUCCUCCUCCUCCUCCUCUGUUUUACCCUCUCCCCGACACCAGCUUCUGUCUCGGUCUGAUUCAUACGGAGAUUACAGUGAUGACUCUGAUUACUCAGCCGAUUCCCCUGAUGAGCAGGUGACCAACACCGGAGACUCAGAACAGGCUAUUGGGUCAGAACCCAAUGGUCCUGUGCUUACAGCCUUACAUGGCUUCCAAUACUCAACUAUCGUCAGCCACGGUAUGAAGUUCUGGAAUUCCGUCCAGUUCUGUUACUCCUCAAUCGACCCUCUUGCGGUUAGAUCCAAGCUGCCAACCCUUCCCUCUUCUGCUAUCCUUUCAGACGUCCAUUUCUCCUUUUAG